CUAAUGAUUGAACUGAAGCAUGCAGCUCACAUGCACACAGACAACAAGCGAGCACCGGAGCACUCUGUGAUAGCAGAGCCUUCAGUCUGAUUUAUAUGUGUCUUAUUUAACUGUAGAUUGUACAUUCCACACCUACAGUACGUUACAUACAGCACUGCACUUCUAACCUGCUCAUCUACAUGUCACUUCAUCUCUCUACAAGUCUCAACUGAUAGUUCAGCUUGUUAUCAGAGUACAUCUGCAGCCCAAUAUCACAAAUACAUGUUCCUUAAUAACUUCAACUGAUAGCAUGUGAUCACCUGGCAAACAUGAGAUUGUAAAGGAGGUUGUUCCAGAGGUUGCCAGAAAGGGAGCAGGGCCUGUAGCGUCCACAGCUGGUCCUCACUUCCCGCUGGUUCAGCCCCGACACAACGGCACUAUGACCGACCGUGAAGACUCCAGGAAGAUGAACGGCAGUGCCGACCACUCUUCCCAGCUGCUGGAGCCGCCCAAGGAGAGCAUGCAGCUUAAAAAAGAGAUAUCGCUGCUCAACGGAGUCAGCCUGAUCGUAGGUAAUAUGAUCGGCUCUGGCAUCUUCGUCUCCCCCAAGGGCGUGCUAAUCUAUAGUGCCUCUUACGGGCUGUCGCUAGUCAUCUGGGUCAUUGGGGGCCUGUUCUCUGUGGUGGGGGCCCUCUGCUACGCUGAACUGGGCACCACCAUCACCAAAUCAGGGGCCUCCUAUGCAUACAUCCUGGAGUCAUUCGGUGGCUUCAUUGCCUUUAUCCGCUUGUGGACAUCUUUGUUGAUUAUUGAGCCCACCAGCCAGGCGGUCAUAGCCAUUACGUUCGCAAACUACCUGGUACAGCCGCUCUUCCCAACAUGUGAACCACCCUAUUCAGCAGCCAGACUCAUCGCUGCAGCAUGUAUAUGCCUACUGACAUUCAUCAACUCCGCCUAUGUUAAGUGGGGCACCCGCGUGCAGGACAUUUUCACCUACGCCAAGGUGGCGGCCCUCAUCGUCAUCAUCGUCACCGGAAUCGUCAAGCUGUGUCAGGGUUACACAACCAACUUUGAAUCCGCCUUUCACGGAUCGUCUACAGAUCCCGGCGACAUCGCGCUGGCGCUCUACUCUGCCCUCUUCUCCUACUCCGGCUGGGACACCCUCAACUUUGUCACAGAGGAGAUCAAAAACCCUGAGAGGAACCUGCCGCUGGCCAUCGCCAUCUCUAUGCCCAUCGUCACCAUCAUCUACAUCCUGACUAAUGUGGCCUACUAUGCUAUUUUGGACAUCAGUGCUAUACUGGCUAGUGACGCAGUGGCAGUGACGUUUGCAGAUCAUACGCUUGGUGUGAUGAGCUGGACCAUCCCCAUCGCUGUGGCUCUGUCCUGCUAUGGAGGCCUCAACGCCUCCAUUAUAGCUGCAUCCAGGUUGUUCUUUGUGGGCUCUCGUGAGGGUCACCUUCCAGACGCUCUGUCCAUGAUCCACAUACAGAGAUUCACUCCGAUCCCUGCUCUCAUCUUCAAUUGCAUCAUGUCACUGAUCUACCUGACGGUGGAAGAUGUCUUUCAACUGAUCAACUACUACAGCUUCAGCUACUGGUUUUUCAUGGGACUGUCCAUCGCCGGACAGAUCUACCUCCGCUGGAAGGAGCCUGACCGACCCAGACCUCUCAAGCUGACGUUAUUGUAUCCGGUGGUCUUCUGUAUGUGUGCGGUGUUCCUGGUGGCCGUGCCUCUCUACAGCGACACCCUCAACUCUUUAAUUGGCAUUGCCAUCGCCCUGUCAGGUGUACCUGUCUACUUCCUAGGCGUCUAUCUCCCCGAGUCCAAACGACCGCCUAUCAUCACUAAGCUACUGCGUUCUCUGACUCAUUUCACCCAGUACAGCUGCUACUGUGUACUGACAGAGAUGGACAAAAGUGAAUAGCACUCCGAACACUUUACCCAGAAGCCUCUGCAGCCUCACAGCCACCAGGGGGACCAGACAAGGGAUGCUGCUGUGAGGGGGGAAAAUAAAGGAUCUAUGACUUUUUUUUUUAUUGUACUGUACACUACGUCAAAGCUUUCAGACUUAACUGACUUGUUUACAACACUGACAACGCUGCCAUUGACGCACAUGUUCACUCGCAGAUUCACACUGAAAUUCAAGGACAGUCAAGGAAUUUUUACCUAAGGCACAGAUGCUGUUAUAGUGUUAUACUCCAUAUAGUGGAUAUUGUUACAUACAGUUUAAAUUCACACUAUUUAAUGACCUCCAUUAUAAAUGAUUUGCCUUGUUAGUUCAACAGUUAAUUGUAAAUAUGCUUUUUGAGCAGUAUGCGCCUGUGAGAUUUUACAGGGACCUGAUAAUGAUGCAACUAUAUGCUGUCAAAUGGAUGUUUUAUCAGAGGGAUGGGAUUGUGUGCAGUAUAUGUGAGCAGGAGAAAGUACUUAAUCUAACCAGAGGAUUUAUUGUAAGAAAUAUGUUCAUGUUCACUUCCUGAAUGAAAAAAAGGGAAGAAAAUAUUUGUCUGCUGCUACGUUGCCCAUAUUAUUAUUCUUGAUGCUACAUGUUUGAAACAGAGCAUUUGGUUCUUUUCCAUUAUGUUUAAUGACUGGUGAAUGUUUCAAGCAUUUUGGCGGGGUGAGUUAAAUGUCUGCAAGAUCCAGUCCAACACUAUAGGCAACUGUAGCUUUGCUUUAAACUGCGUAGCACUAAAUCAAUUUAUUCUAAUUCUUUACAGUUUUCAAUUUGCCCAACUAUUGGAGAUAUCAACAGAUGUUCAGACUUUGGACAAAAUAGCAUUAACGUAGUUUUGUUUUGUAUUUAUAAAUCACGUCCAGUUGUGCAGCAUUUACAAAUCCUGUCCCACAUUUUCAAGUAUCGUCAACUAUCUCUGAAUCACUGCUUGGUUUGGCUUCAGUCAGAGGACUUGAGAUACUUGUGGAGCCUCCUACACUCACUCCUGUGAGUUGUCAUUUGAGAGUGAAUGAAAUCACCAUUUACAACCUUUUUUUUUCUACACUUGCAGUUUACAUCCAAUUCUUGUCAUUUCAUUCAUGAAUCUGGAUACAAUUUGAUGAGGAGAAAAACUAAAAUUAAUAUAUAAAUAUUAAAUUAAUUAGCAUUUGUAUGACGAGGUUCAUGCCAACAGAUCAAGACUGAAAACAUUUUGAAUUAUUCAAAAGACAGAAAUCAAACUUAAAAGCUCUUGAUUUGAACCUAGUGCGUCGUUUUGCACCAUUCAUAAACUUUAAAACAUUAAUGGAACUGAAAGCUUUGAUGACCAGGUUAGGACAGUUCUGCUCAAACAACUUAUGCAUCUCUGACAAUUUUGGACCAACUGGUACUGAUUUCCUAUUGUGACCUCUGGGACGUUGACUGUCAAUCAUAAAAAGAAGACUAUUCCAGCCUUGGGAAAAUGAGCAGGCAACAUCAGGCCAGCACUUCCAACGAGUCUCUCAUCUGUGAAACAUAUAGACCUCUAAAGUUGUGGAUCAUAGCACUGUUUACUUUUGUUGGAUAUUGAAUUACAUCCUGUGUUCAUUCUGUAAACUGAUCUAUCCAGCAGGUUUGUGCAACUAAUAUGUAAAUUAACCAGUCUGUAUGUUUAUUAUGCAGGAAUAAAUGACAUCCAGAUGUUUUCCAUUUA